AGAGGAAGCGAAAACGCUCUAUUUCCGCUGCAGCAGCGAGAACGAGCACGUCAAAAAAGAAAGGAAAAUGUGGACAGUUAGGACAAACUGAGGCGAGGGAAGGAACAUCGAACAACAUAUAGCAUCUUUAUUGAGCUCGGUUGCCAAGAAGUUGUUAUUAUAUAAAGGUAGCAGACACAAAAUUGACAGUUUAAGGGUCGUUUCGAGGUUAACUUGCCCCCUUGUUCUGUAGUGGUUCGCUUAGAGGAAGCAGCUCGGCUAGCCAGCUGAAUUAGCUAGCUAGCUCGCUAGAGAUGGGGACGAGAGCAAGUCGCCUACAGGAAGACCCGGUUCCCCCUGCUUUCGGAAAAGAUGGCACAAAGCGGGAUUCCUAUAGGCGAACCCGCUGUACCAGGCCCACCAGUCUUAUGGUCGACUUCUCGGGGAGCUUCGAGGACACGGAGGCCAACCGAAGCCGAUCAGAGGAGGGCAGUGACUCGGACCUGGGGCAGCAUGGGGCGAGCGCCGACGGCAGCCCCGCUGACCACCACAGCAUCCCCUCUAGCAUUAGCCAAGCGUCUCCUGCGGACGACAACAACAGCGAGGGGAAACCCGAGGAAGACGGGAAUAUAAGCCCGGAGCCUCCCGUGGUAGCGGAACACCAGUCCGGAGAGGAGACAGGCCGCACGCCCCACCGCACUUUUUCCGAGCGGCUGCCCGGGAAUAGGCACUCCUCCGCCCGCAGCGUGGGCGCAAGAUCCGCCCGGGUUCGAGGCACACACCAGCGGCCGGUUUCAGAGGCUUGGAUCGGCCUUUACCGUGUUAACAACCGUCAUGGCAAUAUCCGCUGUCCUUUCUGCUCCAAGCCCUUCCCCGGGGGUCGGAUUGAGGAUCACCUGUUGAGCUGCCUCACGUCUCCUCCCCUACCAUACAAUACGGAUGUGCUCAGUAAAGACAGCGGCGAGUGCUCCAUCUGUUUGGAGGAUCUGGUACAGGGAGAGACCAUUGCCAGGCUGGCUUGCCUCUGCGUCUACCAUAAGAGCUGCAUUGAUUCCUGGUCCAAGGUGAAACCCUGCUGCCCUGAACAUCCCUUCGAUUGACUCACGGGUCACAUUUACUCUGCACAGUGACCAACCCGACUCAGGAGACUACACUGAAUCCCAAUCAAAUCCCAAUAAAAAUGUGUAAUUGAACAAAGAAAAGCCCACAGUCCGUCUCCGACACAAACCUAUAUUUGAGCGGAGAACAGACGAUCCUAAGAAGAAGCUCCUGUUAGCGACAACCGACGCUCUCCAUUUGGAUCGGUCCAUUUGAACUUGGUCUAGGCCAUUUUAAAGCCAAACUCCAACAGUAAAAACAGCCACUCUGUCUCUGUCUAAUCUCUGGUUGAGACCCUUGUUGGAACACAAGUGGGCGAGGUUCCAUUUCCAUGUUAAGGACUUGGAACUCUCCCCAGAAAGAUCUUGAAUCUGGGCAGGAACACAAAAAAGUUAACUGUGACUCUGGAUCCUCUCCUGUGUAUUUUUUUUUUCUCCCUCCAAACGGGAUUGGUCAUUUUAUCAAGUAUUUAGCAGAAAGAGUAUUGUUCCAUGUCAUACAUUGGAUGAAUGUUUUCGUUCCUCGGCUAACCCCAAAUGAACCAACCUCACACCGAAAGCGUGAACCAUAACCACAUAAACGUUUCUUUAUUUUGAACCGGCUGAAGGUUGAGGGCUUGUUUUUGCUGAACGGGGGCUGCCGUUACUAGGCGUUUUCGUUUUUUUUUUUUUUACUAUUACCUGUAAACAUUUCAGGGAAAGUUUGGGGGCUAAUUGUCAUUAUUUUUUUUUUUUUUUUAGUAGGUCAAUUUUUUUGUAGGUGGUUAGUUAGCGCUGAGUUUAACAUGCUGCUACUUGCUGAGUGUUUAGGAACAUUGUAGGUAUUUCAUAGGGCCAUAGUAGCGCUGGUGUUGGCACCAAUUUGAGCACUUUUGUCCUUCAAGGCUGAUUUUAUUUUUUUCACAUGAGGUCUGGGAUAAGGCUGUGUGUGUAUGUGUGUGUUCAUGAUGACCAGGGACAGGUAAUGUCCUGAGCAUGACUGUGUAUUCAGGAAAGUGUGACUUUGUGUGUGUGUGAUUACUGUAAGUUGCCCAGAAGUCUGCUUGGUAAAGCGGGUUACCCUUUUUUUAAGGCUAGUUUUUUUUACGCUGGCAAACAUCCUGUUACACGUGGCAUUGGUACGCAACGUGGCAUUCUGUCCCUCUAACUCCCGUCUCCCUCCUCAUUGUCAAACUCUCUCUGGAGUGUAGUCCGGAUUGUUUUUGGACCAGACCCCAAGCGACAGUUUCGCCAUCUGGUUACAUUAAUGCCAGAUCGAGGAGGGAUAAAGGGAUGGAUGGAUAGAGGGAUGGAUUUUAGGGGGCAUGUUUACACAAAGUGGCAUCUGCCUCUCUCCCCAACACUGGAGGCUAUGGACAGCUGAUGGUUAAUUAUUACAUAACUAGCCCCCACCCCUUUCCCUUUUUUUUUUUUUGAAGAUAUUAUCUCAUCACAUUAUGAUCAUAACUAUUGCUAAGUGUUAAAUGGCUUCCCUUUGCCUUUUUUGUGUGUGUGUUGAUUGCCUUUGCCUGGUGAAGGGUUUUUCGUGUGCAAGCAGGUAUUUGUAGUGUUUUUUGGGCUGAACUGAGGUGGUAGCCCAACAGUUAAGCUGCUCAACAGAUGCUGACUGAUAGAGGUUGUACACAGGCCAGGGGAAAGAACAAAAACAUGAAUUGAUUGCUUUCGCUGCCUGUUCCAUGUGUUUAAACCUCUGUGCUCACAAGUGGUAUGGAUCCGUUUGGUGGUUAGCCCGGUGCACAGGUUUCCUACUGGCUAGUUUGUUCACCCCAGUUCUUUUUCCUGGUCCCUGAUGUUCUGCAGUCUGAGGUGCUACGACUUGUCCGGCCACUAGAGGGCAGCCCUGUGCAUGUUUCUUAUUUUUUGUAUAUCGGAGAAUAGAAAAAUAACGCCAAAAGUCCGUCUGUGCAUUUGGGGGCAUUGUGUGAGAGAGUGCAGAAGACGAGGUGCAUUGAUCAUUAGAUGUUACAUUUGUUGUGGUGAUAAGUUAUGAUGUUGUAUACUUUGGCUGGGAGGGAUGGGGGUGUUUGUUUGUGUGUGUGUUGGGGGGGUUUGGUGGUGGUGGUUGGGUUGUCGAUAAUGAUAAUAGACAAUCUAAAACCCCACAUUACUCUUUAUUUACUUUCUUACCCCCCUCUAAGCUGUGUGGUGCAAUACCUCAAUCUUUACCAAUGCUUACUAAACACUCUGUUAACUAGCGCCUCUCCAACCAAGGACGCUUUUUUGUAUAAAUGUCCCUAAAUCCUUGGUCUUGGAUCGCAGGGCACUGAUCCUCCGUCUGCCCUGUGCUUUGAGGUCAGUGUAUUAGAUGAGAAUCUGCAGCCCCAAGAUAUGGACAAUCUGCCUUUACUCUGGUAUUAAAAAAAACAAAAACAAAUUGAAUUUUAUUUAUUAAAUUGUAAAUAUGUAAUGCAAUUUAAGAAAAUGGCUUGGUCUUUGUCUGUUCAAUAUACUGUUUCUAAGCUCCAAUCUUUUGUAUGUCUCAGAAAUCGUUUUUAUAUGUAUUUUUUACAAUAAAUAUGUGUGAGAGA